CUCGACUCAACUACCAUCGUCACCUUCGCAAAGCCUCACACACCGAAGACGAUCAACCUUUCUCUUUAGUGACACAUUAUCUCUAUUACUCACUCCAAUAGCAGGCAGCUCAACGCAGCCUUCGCAUUAGCCACCUACGCUGUACGAAUAUCCUCCGCCUUCCUGCGCGAAACUCGCAACCCACAUCGUCAAAGCCCAGCACCACCUUUGGAAGAAACCACAGCCAUGACGGCAGGCUUAAAAACAAUCAUCAGCCUUUCGUUUGUCCUCGCAAUCGGCUUUUUACUGGUCAUCCUCUCCGCAGCUCUCUUCCACAAUUUCCUUACUCUGCUCGUGGUCGCUACAUAUGUGUUGGCGCCCGUGCCAAAUUGGAUCGCCUCGAGAUGUGCGAACCCAGAUGACUUUAUCGAGAGCAACUCGAGCGCCUGGAUUGACCUGGGUCGCUUCUCAACAGGAUUUUUGGUGAUUAUGGGCAUUGCCUUGCCUGUUCUCCUUGCACACACAGGCCUGAUCCAGAUCCCCGCCAUGAUCAUGUCAAUUGUUGGUGGGCUGUUGAUAUAUGGAACGAUCAUCAGCUUCACCCAGUUCUUUAAGGAGGAGCAGGAUUUCUAAGAAGCAUGGAAGCCAGAAUACUGCCUACCAGAUAUACACUGCAGGGCGUCCGGCAUGUCCUAUUCAUCCCCACGCAAGGCCAUGGCAUCAUUUUGGAUGGGCAAAAUUGACAUUUUAAUUCAUCAUUUCCACUAAGCUUCGGGGCAUAUAGGUGGUCGCAAUAUUGACAUUUGCGGAGUAUCAUUACCUUUGCGCGAAGUUGAUGGCCAUGAACGGCGACCUGCGGAGGGCAGUCCAUGAGAGAAUCCAUGCCUCGUUGUCGGCUUCCACUGUGACCGGUACAUUCUUGGAAAGUUAUAACGCCGACUUCAUGUAUGAUGUGCAGCCUCGGACUGGUGUUUGGAGCUGUCUAGAUUGUCAUAUCGUGGAGACUUUCCAUGUAUGUGUCUGUAAAUUGACUGUUUCUAUGCUACCAUCUAGCCUGAUCUCAGUAACAGGAUACACAUGUAAACAACUAGAGGUUUACCCGUUCGCCUACGAGAAUAGCUCACCGAACAUCAUGAGCCAUCACUGAUUAAUAGUGGAAGCCUGGCCCUUAG